AUGGCGGGCUCUUUCACAUUCUUCUUCCUCUGCUCUUUUCUACUUCUUGCUUCCCUCAAUGCCGUUUCCAGUGGAGAAGAGAAAUAUGAGUUGCAGAGCUUAGAAAAUAACUCAACAAUGGCGGACAGAGGUAUCGAAAGGAAUGAUGAUGCUGUUGACGAUCCAGACAUGGUGGCUUCCAUGGUUGAUAUGAGUAUUCGUAACAGCACAGAGAGGAGGAAGUUGGGUUUCUUUUCAUGCGGCACUGGAAAUCCAAUUGAUGAUUGCUGGCGUUGCGACCACAGUUGGCAACGCCAUCGCAAGCGCCUGGCUGAUUGCGCUAUUGGUUUCGGACGCAAUGCUGUCGGUGGUCGUGACGGUCGGUACUACAUCGUAACCAACCCUAACGAUGAUGAUGCCGUAAACCCACGACCAGGAACUCUAAGACACGCAGUCAUCCAAGACAAACCUUUGUGGAUUGUCUUCAAACGAGACAUGGUUAUUACCUUAAAACAAGAACUAAUCAUGAACAGUUUCAAAACAAUCGAUGCUCGUGGAGUUAAUGUCCAUAUCGCAAACGGAGCUUGCAUCACGAUCCAAUACGUUACCAAUAUCAUAAUCCAUGGUCUGCAUAUUCAUGACUGCAAGCAAACAGGCAAUGCCAUGGUUCGAAGCUCCCCGUCUCACUACGGUUGGCGAACGAUUGCAGAUGGCGACGGCAUUUCGAUCUUUGGAGCAAGCCAUAUUUGGAUAGACCACAAUUCUCUAUCUAACUGUGCUGAUGGCUUAAUUGAUGCCAUCAUGGGUUCAACUGCUAUUACCAUCUCUAAUAAUUUGUUCACCCAUCACAAUGAGGUGAUGUUACUAGGUCAUAGCGACUCGUACGUUCGAGACAAGGUUAUGCAGGUGACGGUUGCAUACAACCAUUUCGGAGAGGGUCUCGUUCAGAGAAUGCCAAGGUGUAGACAUGGGUAUUUCCAUGUUGUAAAUAAUGACUAUACACACUGGGAAAUGUAUGCUAUUGGUGGCAGUGCAGACCCCACAAUCAACAGCCAAGGCAACAGAUACCUUGCUCCUGCUAACCCUAAUGCCAAAGAGGUGACAAAGAGAGUAUUAACAAGCGGGAGGUGGAAGAACUGGAACUGGAGAUCAUCAGGAGACCUGAUGUUAAAUGGUGCAUAUUUCACACCAUCAGGUGCAGGAGCAGGAGGCAGUUAUGCAAAAGCUUCAAGCUUAAGCGCUAAACCAUCGUCUGUGGUCGGAUCUCUUACCUCUGGUGCCGGUGCACUCUUCUGCCGUCGAGGUAGACAGUGUUAA